GUGCUCAUAGCUACUCACCCCCUCCCUUUCCCGACAAAAAACCAAAGGAGAUUGAAAAAAAAAGUUUUUUUUUCUCUCUCUAGUAACUAUGGGAAAGCUAUCGUUAAUUCUCAUCAUACUCGUUUUUUCAGUAUUUUGGACAAAGGGGACAGAAGGAGGAGAUGAAGAGAAGAAACAGCACUUUGUGUUGGUGCAUGGAGCAAGCCAUGGAGGGUGGUGUUGGUACAAACUCAUAACCCUCCUUGAAAAAUCUGGCCGGAAAGUUACCGCCGUCGAUCUCUCCGGCGCCGGAAUCAGCCUCACCGACUCCAACACCGUCUUUGAAUCCGACGACUACAAUCGACCUCUCUUCUCCUUCCUGUCGGCUUUGCCCCCUCUCUCCAAGGUGAUAUUGGUCGGGCAUAGUGUGGGAGGAGGGAGCGUCACAGAAGCUCUUUGCAAGUUCCCCGACAAGAUCUCUAUGGCUGUCUAUCUCGCUGCCGAUAUGACUCGGCCUGGUGGUACGGCUUCCACGGCUGCUCCAUAUCCAUUUUUAGAAGAUCAAAGAAAUAAAGAUGGAGGAGAAAUAUGGGAAUACAUAUAUGGCGAAGGUGCAGACAAACCACCAACUGCCAUCAUCAUGAAGAAACGAUACAUACGUCGCUUUUAUUACAACCAAAGCCCUCUCGAGGACGUUGUUCUUGCGUCGAAGUUACUACGGCCGGCUCCGUUCAGGGCGUUGCAGGGCCUCGGCAAGGUCCCUGCGUCGACCGACGCGGAGAAAAUACCUCGAGUGUAUAUAAAGACGGCGAAGGAUAAUCUGUUCGAUCCUGUGAGGCAGGACCGGAUGGUGAAGAUGUGGCCUCCCUCUCGGUUCUACGUCCUGAACGAGAGCGAUCAUUCGGCUUUCUUCUCCGCCCCGGAUGCCCUUUUCGACUGCCUCGUCCAUGCCGUUUCCUCUCUUGAACCGCGCAAGGAUUUUAUAUAAUCGAUGAUGUAUGGUUCUUGCGGUGUAUUUGGACAUAUGGGAUUUUAUAUUUCUAGUGGUUUUAUAUCCGUGAAAUAUGAAAUGAGAUCAAUUGUUUUUUUGUGAUUAAA